GGACCCUCCCGCGUGCCGUUCUUACCCGGCCUGCCCCGCGCCGCUGCUUCCGGAAGUGGACCUCGUCUCCUCCCAAGUAGAGCGUUUGUGCCUGAACUUGGCGGGUUUGCUACGGCACCGAAGGGCUGCAGAAGCCCGGGGGUCAGGGGCGGGCUGGUUGCCGCGAUGGCUGGGAGUCAGGACAUGUUCGACGCCAUCGUGAUGGCAGAUGAGAGGUUUCAUGGGGAAGGGUAUCGGGAAGGCUAUGAAGAAGGCAGCAGUUUGGGUGUGAUGGAGGGAAGGCAGCAUGGCACGCUGCAUGGAGCCAAAAUCGGGUCUGAGAUCGGGUGCUACCAAGGUUUUGCUUUUGCGUGGAAAUGUCUGCUGCACAGUUGCACCGCUGAGAAAGACAGCGGCAAGAAAAGAAUGAGGAGAUACAGAAGAAGGAACGAGGCCUGUUUGCUGAGUGGCUGCCGGCUGCCCACCCUUUCCCUGAAUGACCCACCAGAGCUGGAGGCGGGGUUACAGCCCUCACUUUGCAGAGACAGGCGGCCUGGCUGAGGACAAGUCCAGUGGUCGCACCUGAGCCCUUUCUUCUCCAAGAAGCUGCCCCAGCAGGCAGGCGUGGUCAUGCAGUAGCUCUGCGGUCCUGGCUCAGUCACUACCUCUCUGGGCCUUGGUUUACUCAUCUACAACAGGGGUCGGCAAACUACCACCCUCAGUCCGAAUCCAGUCUGCUGCCUAUUUUUGUAAAUAAAGCUUUAUUGGCACACAGCCAUGCUCACUAGUUCACAGAGCGGCUGUGGCUGCUUUGGCACAGGGCAAGAGCCUAAAGCCACUGUGUGGCCUUUACGGAAAACCUGCCGGUCCUUGACCUAGCAGAUGGGAUGACUGUGUGCAGCAGAGUGCAGGCGCUGGGAGGGCCAGGCUGUGUCGGUGGCUCUCACCAGGGUGGUGUCCCCUCCCUGUCAUCAAGCCAUGGGGUCGUUUCAACACGUGGAGAGAAACUGCUCGGGGUUGAGCACAGGCCUGGCACACAGGGCGUGCUCAGGAACCUCCAGCCGCGGUGCCUCCCAUGAUUAAACAAAGGCAAGGGGGACUGCCCGGCGGGCUCGGAGGGCCCGGGGUCCCGAAUAGGAGCUGAUCCUCGGGUGAGACCACUCAGCUCUUAAAGUGGCUGUCGGUUGAGAGGCUUGUCUCAGCUGCCGCUAGGUGCAAAUUAAAAGGAUUAAUGGACACGGCCGUCUUUGAA